GAUUUGUUUGCAACUGCCUCCCUCUUCCACCCACCCGGCAGUUGGAGUGGUGACCGUGUGGUCCGAAGCUUGCCUCGGCUCACAUCUUAUUAUAAAAAAAUCAUAAAAAAAUCAUUUAAAAAUAGUCAAAAUACAAAAAAUAAGAAAAUAUCUCAUACCAGAACCGGUGAAGCAAGACCGCCACACAACGCGAACUACGUGGACAAGAAGUCAACACCGCUGUCGGAAUCCUUGUGUAAACAGACGCCAAGAUGAACCACAGUGCUGCUGCUCCCAGUUACCCCAUGGCCUCCUUGUACGUCGGGGACCUCCAUUCGGAUGUGACCGAGGCAAUGCUCUAUGAGAAAUUCAGUCCUGCAGGCCCCAUACUUUCGAUUCGGGUUUGCAGAGAUAUGAUAACACGUCGCUCUCUCGGAUAUGCCUACGUGAACUUUCAGCAACCGGCAGACGCUGAGCGUGCCCUGGACACCAUGAACUUCGAUGUCAUCAAAGGCAGGCCUGUGCGCAUUAUGUGGUCCCAGCGUGACCCUUCCCUAAGAAAGAGUGGCGUUGGAAACAUAUUCAUCAAAAACCUGGACAAGUCCAUAGACAACAAGGCCCUCUAUGACACCUUUUCAGCUUUUGGCAACAUCCUCUCUUGCAAGGUGGUUUGUGAUGAGAAUGGCUCGAAGGGCUACGGCUUUGUGCACUUUGAGACCCACGAGGCGGCGGAGAGAGCCAUUGAGAAAAUGAACGGCAUGCUGCUUAACGAUCGCAAAGUGUUUGUGGGGCGCUUCAAGUCUCGCAAAGAGCGAGAGGCUGAGCUCGGUGCCCGUGCCAAGGAGUUCACCAAUGUCUACAUCAAGAACUUCGGCGAGGACAUGAAUGACGAGAAGCUGCGUGAGAUCUUUGCGCACUACGGACCUGCACUGAGCAUCAGGGUGAUGAUGGACGACGUCAACAGGUCCAAAGGAUUCGGCUUUGUCAGCUUUGAGAGACACGAGGACGCACAGAGGGCCGUGGAUGAGAUGAAUGGGAAGGAGAUGAACGGUAAGCUGGUUUACGUUGGCCGUGCCCAGAAGAAGAUGGAACGGCAGACGGAGCUCAAGCGCAAGUUUGAGCAGAUGAAGCAGGACCGCAUGACCCGUUACCAGGGUGUGAAUCUCUAUGUGAAGAAUCUGGAUGAUGGGUUAGAUGACGAGCGCUUGCGUAAGGAGUUCUCUCCAUUUGGGACAAUUACCAGUGCCAAGGUCAUGAUGGAGGGCGGCCGCAGCAAAGGUUUUGGCUUUGUGUGCUUCUCCUCACCGGAGGAGGCCACCAAGGCAGUGACUGAGAUGAACGGGCGCAUCGUGGCCACCAAGCCUCUGUAUGUGGCACUGGCACAGCGCAAGGAGGAGCGCCAGGCUCACCUCACUAACCAGUACAUGCAGAGGAUGGCCACCGUCCGGGCCGUACCCAACCCAGUCAUCAACCCCUACCAGCCCGCGCCCCCCUCCGGUUACUUCAUGGCCGCCAUCCCCCAGCAGGCCCAGAACCGUGCUGCCUACUACCCUACCAGCCAGCUGGCCCAGCUCAGACCCAGCCCCCGCUGGGCCACCCAGGGCGUGCGCCCACAGCAUUUCCAGGGCAUGCCAGCGAACGCCAUGCGGCAGUCCGCGCCUCGUCCACAGACCUUCAGCACCGUGAGACCUGCCUCCGCCCACGUGCCACGCAUGGUGACAUCUCAGCGCAUGACCUCUCAGGGUCUUGGCCCACGGCCAGCCAGUGCUGCAGCUCCCACCGCUCCCCCGGUGCGCGGCGUCCCCCAGUACAAGUACGCCGCAGGAGUGAGGAACCCACAGAUGGGCUCUCAGCCUCAUUCAGCCAUGCAGCAGCCCGCUCUCCAUGUCCAAGGCCAGGAGCCCUUGACUUCCUCCAUGCUGGCAGCAGCCCCCCCACAGGAGCAGAAGCAGAUGUUAGGAGAGCGCCUGUUCCCAAUGAUCCAGAACAUGCACCCCAACCUAGCGGGGAAGAUCACAGGCAUGCUGCUGGAGAUCGACAACUCCGAGCUCCUCCACAUGCUCGAGUCUCCAGAGUCCCUGCGCUCCAAGGUGGAUGAGGCCGUGGCUGUGCUACAGGCUCACCAGGCUAAAGAAGCCGCCCAGAAGCCUGUUCCUAGCCCAACUGUGCCAGCCGUUUAACGACAAGGAAUGGGAAUGCUGCAUUUUGCUUCACAGAUUAAAAGAAGUUUAAAAAAACAAGAAAGAAAGAAAGAAAAAUAUUAAACAUUGAAAAACCUAAAAUCCAGAAAACAUUGCAAAAAGAAAAAAAAAUGGCUAAAAAAUGGACUGAAAUUUAAGAAUUGUGUUACCAGGUCUGGGAAGAAAAUGUCUCGACUUUGAUUAUUUACAUAGAAAAACCAAAAAUUUAAAAAGGAAGAAAAAAAUGAAAAAUGAUGUUUGAUGUUUGAGAAAUUAUUUUAAAUUGAGAGCUUUGUCUUAUUUUCCCAAUACUAUACGGAUGCACAGAAUAUCAUGUGGAAGAACAAUCCUAUGUGAUAGCUGGGCUCUUGAGAGAUGUAUGUGGAUGGAUUGAGAACUGCUUGUUUUAAUAAAAUCUCAAACACUGAAUGUAAA